AUGCCUCCCAAGAAUGCCAGAGUUGCAAGGCCAGCUGCGGCCAUCCAGAGAGCGACACGACGGGUCACCAGGUCUGCGUCUCAAGCCUCCAGCGAGGCAGAAAGCCGAAGAGAGGGCGCACCCGAGAAUGGGAACCCAGUGGAAAUGCCGAACGUGGUGAAUGCAGCGCUCCUGGCAGAACUGCAAAGAUACUGUGACGCCUAUGGGGGUCAAUUGCCCAAUGGUGAAGCCGCCGCAGAGGCGGGGGACAACCCCAUACCACCUGGGGCGGCCCAGAAUCCGCCACCACCGCCACCACCCCCGGCAGCGCCUGCGGUGGUGCACGCCCCAGGCCCCAACUACUGGGACAUGCUGAGACACAUGAAGAGUAUGCAGACGGAGUUUUUCAAUGGAAAGGCCGACGCAAUUGUCGCGGAUAACUGGAGACGUCAACUCGAGAGGAACUUCGCUUCUGCAAGGUGCCCACCGGAGUUCCGUAGGGACCUGGCUGCUCACUAUCUUAAGGACGACGCACUAGUGUGGUGGGACGAAGUGGUCGAAAGGUCACAUGGGAUACGACUGACCUGGGAUGAUUUCCUGGAAGCAUUCAAUGGGAAGUACUUUUCCUUAGAAGCCAUGGACGCGAUGGAAAGCAAGUUUCAAGACAUCCGUCAGGGGUCAAGGAAUGUACGAGACUACGGAGACGAGUUCAACCGACUUCGGAGAUUUGCGGGUCACUACCUGAGUGAUCACGAUUUAAUCCGCCGUUUCCUCAAAGGUAUGAGAGUGGAACUGAGGAAUAGCUGCAACGUGAGGGACUAUCGUGAUGUCCAUGAGCUGAUUGAGAAAGCCGCAGAACAAGAAUUAGGGCUCGAGGAAGAACGAAAACAGAACCAGAACUCCCAGAACCGGGGUGCCAAACGGCCCCGGGAUGCACUGCCCGCGGCUGAGCCUCCCCCGUUAAGGCCCGCAUGUGAAAGGUGUGGACGAUUCCAUGCGGGGGAGUGCAGGGCAGGAGCAUGCUUCGCCUGCGGCGAGCGCGGCCAUAUAGCGAGGGAUUGCCCGAAGGAGAGACAGGCCCAACGCAGGCGCUGUCACCGCUGCGGCCAGGAGGGACAUCAGUCGUGGGAGUGCCCAACACUCCAAAGAGGAAACGCGGAAGGGGCGCAACCCCAACAGCAGAGAGGGCAAGCCGCAGGGCCAAGAGCGUACGCCGUCGAGGGUCGCGAAGGAGCCGAACCAAUCGCGGGUAUGUUUUGA